AUGUUUGUUCUUCUCCUAUUUUCAACCAUUUAAGCACUUUCAACUGGAUUAGAUGGUGGCAAAGAAUUGUGUAUGGGAGUCUAAGGAAAGAGAACGGCAUUAUUCUAAAUCUCUUUUGUGGUCUCUGGAUUCUAGGAAGACAACAUUGAGAUGAAAUUCUAUUCUCCAAGAAAAACUCUUUUGAAAUCUAGUAUAAAAUAGAAGGAAGGCAAUUAUAAAGAAAUAAUGACAGAUGAUGGAUAAUACGAAGUCUGCUUCAAAUCAUUAGAUAAAUAUUAUAAAUUGAUUAGUUUUAACUUUGACUUUGUAGAAGAAAACGAUUUGGCAUUGGCAGAAACUAUGGAUUAAAUGGCUGAAGAUAUGAAAUAAGCUUAUAGAAGUUUAAAAACAAUCUAAAAUAAUUAACAUUAUUAAAACGAUAGAGAAAAUGAACAUUAGAGAAUGCUAGAAUCAACAGAAAAGAAGUUAUGGUGGUGUUCAGCAGGCAAGAUGGGAGCUUUAAUUGUGAUUUGCAUUUCUCAAAUUUAUAUGUUAACAGGAUACUUCAAAGGGAAAUCAUUUGGUCCAAAUGUUUGA